CCCCGUGCCCCCGCCGGCGCGAGCCGCUGGCAGCAUGGCGGGAGCCUCCCCCCCCCCACCACCCUCCCCCGGCGGGCGGCGGCGGCGGCUGGGGGACGAGGGGCCGCGGACCGCCACCUCCGCCGAGCAGAGCAAGGUGGAGGACAUCGUGCAGGAGAUCUUCGAUGCCUACAGGAGCAAGCAUUCCGCCUCGCAGUUCGUGCUGCAGCGGGAGAAGCACUCGCAUUACCUGAAGAAAGGCCUCCGGCAGCUCUCCUCCGCCUACGAGUGCCUGGAUGCCAGCCGCCCCUGGCUCUGCUACUGGAUCCUGCACAGCCUGGAGCUGCUGGACGAGCCCCUUCCCGACUCCGUCGGCUCCGACGUCUGCCAGUUCCUGAGCCUCUGCCAGAGCCCCAAGGGGGGUUUUGGGGGGGGUCCCCAGCAGUACCCCCACCUCGCCCCCACCUACGCCGCCGUCAACACGCUCUGCAUCAUCGGCACCGAGGAGGCGUUCGGCGUCAUCGACAGGAAGAAGCUGCUGCAGUACCUGCACUCCCUGAAGCAGCCUGACGGCUCCUUCCUCAUGCACGAAGGCGGCGAGGUGGACGUCAGGAGCGCCUACUGCGCCGCCUCCGUGGCCUCGCUGACCAACCUCCUCACGCCCGAGCUCUUCGCCGGGACGGCCGAGUGGAUCGCCAGGUGCCAGAACUGGGAGGGUGGCAUCGGCGGGGUGCCGGGGAUGGAAGCCCACGGCGGAUACACCUUCUGCGGCAUGGCCGCCUUGGUCAUCCUCGGCAAGGAGCAUCUGCUCAACCUCCGGAGCUUGCUGCGCUGGGUGACCAGCCGGCAGAUGCACUUCGAGGGUGGCUUCCAGGGUCGCUGCAACAAGCUGGUGGACGGUUGUUACUCCUUCUGGCAAGCCGGGCUCCUGCCCCUGCUCCAUCGCGCCCUCCACGCCAGGGGUGACACGGCACUCAACAUGAGAGGCUGGAUGUUCGACCAGCUGGCGCUGCAGGAAUACAUCCUCCUGUGCUGCCAGUGCCCGGCCGGGGGGCUGAUCGACAAGCCGGGCAAGUCCCGGGAUUUCUACCACACGUGUUACUGCCUGAGCGGGCUGGCCAUCGCCCAGCACUUCGGCAGCGGCGACCUCCACCAAGAAUUUGUCCUGGGUGUCCCCGAAAACCGCCUGCACCCCACGCACCCCGUCUACAACAUCAGCCCGGAGAAGGUGACGCGAGCGGUGAUGCAUUUCCUGCAGCUGCCUGUGCCCAGCCUGGAGCCGGGGGGUGCUGCUGCCAAUUAGGUGUGUCCCCCACCCCCCACCCCACCCCAAGACUGUGCGGAGCAGCCCUUCCCGGCGCCGGCAGGGAAGCCACCGCGGUGUCCCGGCACAACCGGGCAGAGCGAGGUCCUCAGGGUGCUAGCAAUACCAAAAACCGGCCUGCCCCGUGGCCACCGGCUCCCGCCGGGUGAUCCGUUGUCAACCCCCCCCCUUCCCACCUCCCGCCUCCACCGGUGCUGGCAGAGUUGGGGGGGGGGGCGGGGGGCCACGGGACACGGCAGAGCUUUUGGCAUCAAUAAAUCAGAACAGACACCCGCCGUCUGCUGUGCGCGGGGAGGUGCACGGCGCUGCCGCCGCGCCAACACCGGUGGCCCUGGGGACGACGCGGGGCAGGAGGUGACAACGAGUUUCCAGACCCGUCCCUGCCCCCCCCCCCCGCCACCCUCCCCGGGCCAAAA